UAAAAUAGAGUUAGUUCCCUUUACAAAAUGGUUGAAAAUUUAUCUAAAUAUUUAUAGUAAAAUGUUUUCUGUUAAUUGUUUGACAAAUGUAGGUCUAAAAUCUGCUGGUUUACGAUAUAUUAGCUCAACAUCAUGUUUAUGUGGGAAGAAAAGCAGAGUUCCGUUUGAUAAAAGGUUUCCAGUCACGGCAAAGAUGGUAAAUCGACAUCGCAAGGGCGGAAACCAGGCUCUCGAAAUGCCGGUUGCUAAACAUGUUGUUCAACCGACAGGAAUAAUUGAGAAAGCUACUGGUAAAUUUAUAAAAGUUCCUGAAAUGAUUCCAGAAUUUAUUGUACCAGAUUUAACAGAUUUUCCAUUAAAACCAUACGUCUCUUACAAGGCCGCAGAAAUUACCCAAACAGAAUUCACAGCCAAAGAUCUGUUUGAUGCUUGCUACGCAGAAAAAAUAGCUACUGGAGUAAAGGAAGGGAAAGUACAAACCAAAGACGGAAAAGUUAUUUCAGACACAAACACAAAGUUACCAGAAUCGUGAUAAAAGAAAAAAAAACAUUUUAUUUAAAAGAAAGUGUGUGCGAAGAACUUUUAUAUUUGUUUGUGACGAAGUAUGAUUUGUAUACAUAGGUAGUAUGAUCUGUUUAGGUAAUAAAUUUAUUGAACAUU